UGGUUCUAUGGAGUUGGAAGCACAUAUUGAAGCUGCAGUUUCACACUCUCAUAAAUAGUUGAGAGAAACUGAAACAUAUCCCCUGGUCAUUAAGAUCAGUGUGAGCGCAAGACAUCGAGCUAGUGAGGGAAUUAUCAUAGUGGAGUACUGUACCAGUCAACCUAGUGCCCAGUACCAGAUGACCUGGGUAAACUGCUACAUUGUAGCCAGAAAUGGGGACUCCAAUCAUGAAGAAGGUUCAAGUUGAUAAAAGAGUGACGUAUGGCUGCAUAUGGCUCUUCCUUUUGGCUGCAUUUGUCAUCAUCUUCCUGGUAUAUAGCGAGGGCAUGCUGAAGUUUCAGAAUAAAGCGGUGGACGCCAUCAGUAUCCCAAGAGCUAGCUCCGUCACUCCAUCUGCCAACAUACAGUACGACUUCUGCAAGUUAAAGCCACUGCCGCCUAAGGAGGCCCUUGAAGAACACAACCUACUAGAGUCUAUUGCUUGGCCUCAAACUCCACCUUUAUCAUCACCUCUUAACCUGAUUAGUACCAGUGAUCCAGCCCACAGCACUUUCACCAUUCUACCAAGUAGAGGAGGGGGACAGUGGCACGUAGGAGAUAAACUGAAGGUUAUGAUUAACAUACACGAUUUCCAGGGCCAUCCAAAGAAGUCGGGGGGAGACGUCUUAUUUGCCCGGCUGCACAACCCGACUCUUGGUGCAGGAGUGGCAGGGCAAGUGAAGGAUUAUCUCAAUGGCGCCUACUCUGCUGUAUUCUCUUUACUCUGGGAAGGAAGUGCAAAUGUUGAGGUAACACUGGUUCACCCCAGUGAGGCAGUCACAGAGCUGCGCAGGCUGAACAGAGAACAUCCUGACCGAAUUUUCUUCAAGAGCGAGUUUCGCUCAGGCUCGGUCACUCAAACUACCACAUGUAAUGUGUGUUUACGUCCAACCCAGCAGCCUGUAUGUAACUACACUGACCUCAGUACAGGUGAGGUGUGGUUCUGCUACAAGCCAGAGAAUCUGAGAUGUGAUACCAGAGUCAGCAACUUCAAAGGAGGAUAUCAACAAAAUAUCUCCACCAUGGAGAAGCUUUUUCAGAAAGGUGUCAACAUGAAAGUGUCCAUUCCAGCUUCAGGACCUGCAAGUAUUACUGUUUUACCCAAACAAAAAGGUCAGUCAGAUGCAAAUAGCAGCAGUGUGGAGUCUGGACCCUCUGGCUAUUACUACCAGGGUGUGUGGAGAGCACUAGGUGGCAACACAGUUCGUCAGUUCGACACUUCUUCAGCCAUCACUCAGUGCCUGAAAGGAAAGGUGGUUCAUAUGUAUGGGGACUCCACCAUGAGACAGUGGUAUGAACACCUCAACGAAACACUACCAGAUCUAAAGGAGUUUAACCUACAUAGCAAAAAGCAAUCUGGACCUUUUAUGGCUAUGGACUAUGCAAACAACAUCUUGGUGACGUACCGCGUCCAUGGUCCUCCUCUCCGGUCCAGCAUUGUCCCAGCCAUUGAGCUGCAUUAUAUUUCCAAUGAACUGGAUAACAUAAUUGGAGGCAGCAACACCGUUGUGGUUCUUGGUAUCUGGGCACACUUCGGCACUUUUCCCAUGGAGUUCUACAUCCGGCGUCUGCAGAAUAUCCGCAGGGCAGUAAUGCAGCUGCUGUCCAGGGCUCCAGGCACACAGGUUGUUAUACGAGCUGGAAACCCCAAAUCCUUGAGACACUUCCUUGACGCAUCUGUUAACAGCGACUGGUACUCACUACAGCAGGUCAAGGUGCUAAGGGCCAUGUUCAAAGGAUUGAAUGUCCAUAUGGUAGAUUCCUGGGAAAUGGUCCUGGCCCACCACCUGCCACAAGAGCUCCACCCAAAACCUCCCAUCAUAAAGAAUAUGAUUAAUGUUCUCUUGUCCUUCAUAUGUCCUUAAAAGGGUCAGUAGAUGUGUAUGAUUAAAAAAUAUAAAAUAUUUGGGUCUAGGCUUGGGUGAGAAAAACGUCCUGACACCAGGGAACAAAUUUCUUUUUUACAGGCAUUGUGUGAAGGAUCUAAUUCCAUUCUUUGAAAUGAAUGAUGACAUUGUCUAUUUUUUGAUGCUGAAGGACUUUUUGCAAUGGUUUGUGAGAAAAAAAAUGUGGGACAGGUUUUGGAUUUGCGCAAUAUUU